CAGCCCGCCACUCGCGCUCGGAGCGAGCCUAGCUCAUCUUCGGCCGGACUCAUACUUCUACGUGGCCUUUUAUUGCUUUUCUUCAUGUGGAGAGAAGCAGACAAAAAUUCCACUACAAAGUCUAAAAAUGAACCAACAAGCGGACAACUGGACGUUGCACAAUAGCUCGUCAGAGGAGGAGAAGGAGGCCAUUUCCCCCAGGAGCAAUGUCACCUACGUGGGAUUUUACCUGCACCACCCAUCCACGGCAGCCAUUUUCAUAGUGUCCUACCUGCUCAUCUUCUUGGUGUGCAUGGCAGGAAAUGGCGUGGUGUGUUUUAUCGUGCUGCGCAGCCGCAACAUGCGUACCGUCACCAAUUUGUUCAUCCUCAACUUGGCCAUCAGCGAUCUCCUGGUGGGAAUCUUCUGCAUGCCCACUACGCUUCUUGAUAACAUCAUUACAGGGUGGCCCUUUGGAAGCUUGGUGUGCAAAAUGAGCGGCAUGGUACAAGGUAUCUCCGUGUCGGCGUCUGUCUUCACCCUGGUGGCCAUCGCCGUUGACAGAUUCCGCUGCAUCGUCUACCCAUUCAAGCAGAAGCUGACCAUCUCCACCGCCACCUUAAUCAUUGUCAUCAUCUGGGUGCUGGCCAUCUCCAUCAUGUGUCCCUCUGGCGUGAUGCUACAGGUGACGCAGGAGCAAAGCAUCCGAGUGCUGCUGGGCUACGACAACAAAUCCACUCCUUUUUACUGGUGCAGGGAGAACUGGCCCAACCAGGAGAUGCGCAAGAUCUACACCACCGUCUUGUUCGCCAACAUCUACCUGGCGCCACUCUCCCUCAUUGUGGUUAUGUACGCACGCAUCGGGAUCACGCUUUUCAAGACCGCCAUGCCCACCGAGGGCAAACCGGGUCAGGACAACCGCCACGGCGUUUCCAAGAAGAAGCAGAGGGUGAUCAAGAUGCUUCUAAUUGUGGCCUUGCUCUUCAUCCUGUCCUGGUUGCCGUUGUGGACCCUCAUGAUGUUGAGCGACUACGCCAGAUUGACGGAGCAGCAGUACCGCAUUGUCAACAUCUACAUUUACCCCUUCGCGCACUGGCUGGCCUUCUUCAACAGUAGCGUCAACCCCAUCAUCUACGGGUUCUUCAACGAGAACUUCCGCAGAGGAUUUCAGGUGGUCUUCAAGUUCAGCCUGUGCGCGGCAGACGGGCAGCGGAGGAAAACUUACUCGCACCGCCUGCAGCAGAACUCGGUGCUGCCGGCCAAUAACGCGCAAACCUCCUUGGAACCCAUCUCGCUCAACAGCUUAGACAAAAGCAGCUCCAGGAGGAAUCGCCAAGUGGCCGAGCAGGACUUGGUUUUGGAGGACUUGGAAAAGGGCUCCUGCAGUAGUGGCGGCGUGACGGCCGUGUCCAUUUGAACUAGGAAGCUACCUCCAAGGACAUGAAGACUCGUUGCCGAGCUUCUAUCAUACUUUUCAGCUCAAUCUUGGUGGAGGACCUUCCCCAAAACAUGGUGUAUAAAUGUAUAAAGAACUUCAUCGACAUGUGCAAUGCAGACUCCAGAAGCAGAAAAAAAUGCUGAAAAAAAAUUCUUGCCUCUACUGACCUCAAAGCACUUUGCGAAUAUGUUUUUUUCUGGCUAGCUUCUAAAAGUUGAUCACAGGUCAACUCAUUGUCUCUCAUUGACGGUGAUAUACGUCAAAUCCAAGGCACCUUCCCAUUUCAAAUGGGAUUGGACGUCUUACUCCAGUGUAAAAAUGCAAACUUCCGGUAAGUUAGGCUAAUUUAACUGCGUCAGUGCCAUUGACGAUGAUAGACGUCCAAUCAGGUGACUCUUUUCAUCCUACUUUUGUGAAUUUUAAUUUGUUGAGUCACCAGCCACUUCCUGUUAAUUUUGUGGCGUUUACAGGUCAUUUCCUGUGGAUUUUGGGUCACCCCCUGUUGAUCUUGGGGCAUUUACAUGUUAGUUACUAUCACGUUCUUUCAAUUUAGGUUCAAUUCCAGGUCACUUCAUAUUUUUUUGAGGAUUUCUGGGUCACUUCUUGUUGAUUUAUGGUCAAUUCGUGUUGAUUUUGGGUCACUUCCUAUUGAUUCUGGGACA